CUUAUGAGUGAGAAUAAAAAAUCCCCGUCGCCUCGACACUAAUAAUACCAUUUCACUAAAUAUUUGAGCGUCGUCUCUGCUCAACAGCGUGAACGCAGAUCUGAGAGUGCGCAGAGACGCAGCUUCGCAUUAUCAGCGGAAACCAGACGCGCGCAUCACCACUGACACAUAUUCUACAGGUAAAGCAAGAUGGACGCGAAGGACCAAGGCGCACAAAUGGAGCCUCUGCUACCUACGGUGGUCACCCCUACUGGAGGACAAAGUGUGAGACAUGAAGAUGAGGCUGUUGUGGAUCGAGGAGGAAACUUGCUUAAAGCCCCCUUUGAGAAGGAGGAUCUAGAAGGUCACAGGACUCUGUAUAUCGGGGUUCACGUUCCUCUGGGAAGGAAAACACACAGACGACAUCGUCACCAUGGAAACAGACACAGGAAGAGAAGCAGAGAGAGAGAUUCAGGGGUCGAGGAUGGACGCGAAUCACCUUCAUGCACUGGUUCUGUUCUGUGUUCUGGCACAGAUACUCCAUCACAGAGGGUUCAGUUUCUUCUGGGUACCGAAGAUGAUGACGAAGAACACAUACCACACGACCUCUUCACUGAGCUGGAUGAAAUCUGUCUCCGUGAGGGAGAAGAUGCUGAGUGGAGAGAAACAGCCAGGUGGCUGAAGUUUGAAGAGGACGUGGAGGACGGUGGGGAGAGGUGGAGUAAACCCUACGUGGCCACUCUCUCUCUUCACAGUCUCUUUGAGCUCCGCAGCUGCAUUAUUAACGGAACCGUUAUGCUGGAUAUGAGAGCCAGUUCUCUGGAGGAGAUCGCUGACAUGGUGUUGGAUCAACAGGAAGUGAUUGGGCAUCUAGAAGACGAUGUUCGGAAGAAGAUCAAAGACGCUCUUUUGAAACAACAUCACCAUCAGAACCAGAAGAAACUAGCCAACCGCAUUCCUAUCGUCCGCUCGUUCGCUGACAUCGGCAAGAGGCAAUCUGAGACCAACUGCGUGGACAAAAACGGGCAGAUGAUGUCCCCCCAGUCUCAACCCAUCACCACAGAAGGCAAAAGUGACGUCAGCCGUGAGAACAGCGCAGUGGACUUCAGUAAGAUAGAUCUUCACUUCAUGAAGAAGAUUCCUUCGGGUGCAGAGGCCUCUAAUAUCUUGGUUGGAGAGCUGGAGUUUCUUGACAGACCUGUGGUGGCAUUUGUCCGUCUCUCUCCCGCCGUACUUCUGAACGGCCUGGCGGAGGUUCCCAUCACUACCAGGUUUCUGUUCAUCCUGCUGGGGCCGCUUGGAAAAGGAGCACAAUAUCACGAAAUUGGAAGAUCUAUCGCGACGUUAAUGACAGAUGAGGUUUUCCAUGAUGUUGCCUAUAAAGCUAAAGACCGCAAUGAUCUGAUCGCUGGAAUCGAUGAAUUUCUUGACCAGGUCACAGUUUUGCCCCCGGGAGAAUGGGAUCCAUCUAUCAGGAUUGAGCCACCAAAAAACGUCCCGUCUCAGGAGAAAAGGAAGAUCCCUGGGGUGCCUAACGGAGAACUGGCAGCGACAGAAGAACAUGGUGGUCAUGGAGGCCCUGAGCUACAGCGCACCGGGAGGUUGUUUGGUGGAUUGUUUCUGGAUGUGAAGAGAAAGGCUCCACAUUUCUUAUCUGAUUUCACCGAUGCGUUCAGUCUUCAGUGUUUGGCCUCUUUUCUGUUUCUGUACUGCGCCUGUAUGUCCCCUGUUAUCACCUUCGGAGGACUGCUGGGAGAAGCCACGGAGGGACGCAUAAGUGCCAUUGAGUCUCUGUUUGGAGCCUCUAUGACUGGGAUUGCUUACUCGCUGUUUGCUGGCCAGCCUCUCACUAUACUGGGCAGCACUGGACCUGUCCUUGUGUUUGAGAAGAUACUCUUCAAAUUCUGCAAGGAAUAUGGGCUGUCGUACCUGUCCCUCAGGGCGUGUAUCGGGCUGUGGACGGCCUUCCUCUGUCUGCUGCUGGUGGCCACUGACGCCAGUUCCCUGGUGUGCUACAUAACCCGCUUUACAGAGGAGGCCUUCGCCUCUCUUAUAUGCAUCAUCUUCAUAUAUGAGGCCUUGGAGAAGCUCAUACAUCUCGGAGAGACGUACCCCAUCAACAUGAACAACAAUCUGGAGAAACUGACCUCAUACAGAUGUUCCUGCAUUGAGCCUGACAGCCCCAGUAAUGCCACUGUCCAGUUCUGGGAGAAAAAUAACAUCUCCACUUCUGAGAUCUAUUGGGAGGCUUUGGAGGUUCAGGACUGCAUUGAGAAGAAAGGAGAAUUUUUGGGGUCUGGUUGUGGUCCUCAUGGUCCGUACAUUCCCGAUGUUCUCUUCUGGUCUGUGGUUCUGUUCUUCUCCACCGUGGCCAUGUCAGCUUUCCUCAAAGAAUUCAAGACCAGCCGUUACUUUCCCACGAAGGUGAGAUCUCUCAUCAGUGAUUUUGCAGUCUUCAUCACUAUUGUUACAAUGGUUCUGAUGGACUACGCUAUAGGGGUGCCUUCACCCAAACUGCAGGUUCCCAACGAGUUUAAGCCGACCCGUGAUGACCGCGGGUGGUUUGUUAACCCUUUAGGUCCGAACCCAUGGUGGACGUGUGUGAUCACGGUCAUUCCUGCUCUCCUCUGCACCAUCCUCAUCUUUAUGGACCAGCAGAUCACAGCUGUGAUCAUCAACAGAAAGGAACACAAGCUCAAGAAAGGCUGUGGGUAUCACCUGGAUCUGUUCAUGGUGGGCGUGAUGCUGGGCGUCUGCUCUCUGAUGGGACUGCCAUGGUUUGUGGCCGCGACCGUGCUGUCCAUCAGUCACGUGAACAGUCUGAAACUAGAGUCGGCGUGUUCGGCACCCGGGGAGCAGCCAAAGUUUCUCGGCAUUCGAGAGCAGCGUGUGACGGGUCUUGUUAUCUUUCUUCUCAUGGGCUGCUCUGUCUUCAUGACCUCAGUGCUGAAGUUCAUUCCCAUGCCAGUUCUGUAUGGAGUUUUCCUCUACAUGGGAGCGUCUUCUCUGCGAGGAAUCCAGUUUUUCGAUCGUUUACGGUUGUUCGGGAUGCCAGCCAAACACCAGCCGGACUUUAUUUACCUGAGACACGUUCCCUUGAGAAAGGUUCACCUGUUCACCAUCAUCCAGCUGACCUGUCUGGUUCUCCUAUGGGUCAUCAAAACGUCCAGGGCAGCCAUCGUCUUUCCCAUGAUGGUUUUGGCUUUGGUCUUUAUUCGGAAGCUGCUGGAUUUCAUCUUCACAAAAAGAGAGCUCAGCUGGCUCGAUGACCUCAUGCCCGAAAGCAAGAAAAAGAAACUGGAGGAUGCUGAGCGGGAGGAGGAGCAAAGUAUUUUGGCAGAGGAAGAAGCAGUCGUACAAGUGCCACUGGAGGGACAUUACAAAGAUGAUCCCUCCACUGUCAACAUUACGGAUGAGAUGUCCAAAGGUUCCUUUGGCAAAACUUGGAACUCCAAAAACGAUCCAAGCUCCAAAAGCCCUCUUACCUAAAUUUUUGAGCUCCAGAGCCUGUUUAAUAUAAGAAGGCACAACAAACAUCAAUGGCAAGAUGAAGAGAGCUGAAGACUUCACUCAUUCACUGUGUUCUCACAUGCUUGUCAUAGCUGUCCAAAUACUAUUGUUUUAAAAGAAAUAGUUCACCCAAAAAUGAAAAUUCCUUAAUUAUUCACCCUUUCUUCCAUGCAAUAUUUAUAGUAACUGCUGCUGUCAGACACAUCACGUUCAUUUGACUCGUGCUACAUUUUCCAAACCUGCCCAUGUCAUCUCUAAAACUAGAUUUGUGCUUUUACUCGGUUUCAAAAUUCAAGCAGGUUUGAUGUACUGUAAUGGUAUGAAUACAUUAAUGAUGUAUUACAGGUUCAAAGUGAGCUUGAAAGAUGUGGUCAUUACGAACAGUGAGUUGAUGGAAAAUGUUUUUUUUUCAAUUUACUUUUUGUGUCCCGCUACAAAACAUCAGAAAUUCCAGCAUACAGGUUUAAAACUCACCAUUAUUGAGAAGUUAAUAAUUGUUGAAUUAGGGUGAACUAUUGCUUUAAAUCUUGUUUAAAAAAAACAUUACAGACCAACCCUAGUUGAAAAAUAUUGCUAUAUUGUUACUGUAUGUACAACGUUUUUUGUUUUGUUUUUAAAGGAUGCCCCCAAACACCCAAACACACCUUGCUCCUAAGCCUCGUGUUUUUGCAUUUUAACGUGUAUCACAAUGAUAAACUCCAAUGCUUAUAGAAAUAUAUCCUGUGUCAAUAGUAAAACCAGCAAAUAAAGACGUGAAAUUGUCUUGUGUGAAAGAUGUGAGGCAGGAAGAGUGUGACAGAUUUUUAAGAACUGUUCUGAACCUUUCUUUUAAGUUGUCAUAAAUCUUUUGUAUUUAAAAUGGUAAACCUGGCCAUAAUUUCUGAAACAACUCGUCUCUAAAAGUUUCAAACAGAAGUUUAAUAUCUACAACUAUCAGUGUUUUAAAAAGCCACUUUACCAUAAAACAGCAUGCAUAAAUGUUAAUGUAUUUGUUUUGUGAUGACCUGCCUGCUUGCAUAAAAUCAUAGGGCUGAGCAAAAUAUAAAACAUAUAUUUUUAUAUUUUUCAAGCCGUCUUAGAUUUCAUAUCCUAUGCAUUUGCUUUUUUGUUUGAAGUUACACCACUGUGUCCUCUGGGUUGCUUGAAUUAGAAGCCUCUAAUAUACAUAAAAACUGCUGUACUGUACAUCCUUGAUGUAGCUGCAAUAUCAUAAAUAGAGGACCGUUGACCACUUUUGUUUUGCAAUAUAGACAACAUGCUUUAAAACAGAAAAUCGUUUAGCUGAUAUGUUUUUUUUGUGCAAUUAUUUGCACUUAGAAAGCUGCUGGUGUGAAAGUGUAAAUAUUUAAUCCGUCAAACCUGAUCAGAAUUUAUAUCUCUGUUUUAAAGGUGGUGUUUUAAGGGUAGGUGUGUUUUCAUGCUUAAAGUGAUGGACAGACAUGUACUGUAUGAAGUCGUCAUACAGUACAAAUGCAUCGAUGUAUGCCAGAUUACAAACUCUAGCUAAAGAACACAGCAAUAGAUUAUUUCUACUGUACAUGUUGAGAUGCUCAUGCAGUUACAGUAUUUUCAUGCACUUAUCUGUUGCUCGAGUAUUUAUAAUGAAACAGACAAUAAUUUAAUUGUGACAUGAAUGUUAAAACCAUAAAUACAUUCAGAUGUUUUGUAUUUGUUGUUGUGGAUUCACACUCAGUCUGAAUUUGAAGAGAAAAGCAUCUGUUUUUCUGUUGUCUUUUUUUCAAAUAAUGUCAAUCAGUUUAAUCCAUAUUCUGACUUUAGCUGAAGUCCUAAGGGAAAAUAUCGAUGUAUUUUGACUGUGUGUUGAUGUUUCUGUAAAUUAAAUUGGUGUGAAAAUGAAACUAAAGUAUCACGAUA